GCCAUUUUUGGAAUGUCAGCGCAGCUCGUCAAUAUGGCGCUUGCUAAAUAGCUUAUUUAUCAAGUCGUAGCGAUGUAGCUGUACUGACGGCUAACUAUGGAAAAGGACUUUGUAAAUUGGCGUUUGAUUCCAAAGUUUUAUGGACGAUUAUUCUGCACCCCAGAUGUCAAAUGGUUUGCAACUAUCACUGUGAACCUCGCCUGUUUUCAAUUUGCCUGUAUUGUUUUCAAUCGAUUUCUUGUAAAACAUGGCCGACUUGUGUCUCCGAACUCUUACAAAAUGAUCAAUUAUUAACUUCCCCCGAUCAUAAGUCGGACCGAGAUCUUGGUCGUUGUAGAUCUGUUUCUUUUGUGGCUUGAUCACGGGAUUCAAUGAUGGAUGAUAAGCACAAGGAGCUGGUCGCGAUGCACCGGUCGAAGAUUGUACAGACGGUAGAAGUUGACAAGUUGUGUCCUUACCUGGAGAAGGGAGCGCAAGUGUUAGGACCCGACGAGGUCGCUGAGAUAGAAGGACAGUCCUCUCGGAUGGCAAAAGUUGAAAAACUCUUAGAUGUUUUAUCUGUGAAGGGUGGACCAGCUUAUGAAAACUUUUUGCAUGCUCUAAAGAGUACCUACCCACAUUUCUUCAACGUUCAGUUUAUGGGAGGCAGCUCUGGAUUGUCUGCAGAUUCCAGGUCCACAUCAAUGACUUCCGACUCCGAAGAUGAUGUACAACGCCAUUCCCAGCACAUCCAGAUAGAUCCAAGUCGGUCGCAGGAGAUCCGAGAUGCCCGCCUGAAGAUCAUUCCCUCCAGUCAGUAUGAGAUAGAGAGCAGCAGCAGCAGCUACCCUACACUGUCACAGAGUCCGCUUCACCCCAGCCUACAGUCUCCUGUGGAGAUCAAGGUGUCGGAAAAGUCACGUGACUAUGACUGGCUCAAAGAACAGUGUGAACAUGCAAUCAAGGAACUGCAGUCCAUGAAAGGCCAACAUGCUCAGACGGUCACACGGUAUGACCAAGCUACGAAGGAAGCUGACCAUUACCGUAACCUUUACAAGACAUCUCUCACAAGGCAGACACAACUGACAGAUGAAAUACAUGCACUGAAAUCAGAGAACUUGGAUGUAUUGAGCAGAAGCCAGAAACUGGAACAGGAGGUUGGCAACUUACACAAAUUACGUGAAGAAGACAAACAGGAAAUUGCUGAGCUACGCAUCCAGUAUCGUAAAGUGUUGAGUGAAAGUGGUUCCAGUGAGGUGCUAAAUGAGAUGUAUGACACACUGCUAGAUAAGUAUGAGACUCUGAAGAACAACUAUGAUCAUCUCCGUGAACAGUAUGAUGAUGUUGCAUCAUCCCACGGCACGAACAACAGCCGUCUGGAAAAACUGUCAGAGGAAAAUGAGAGUGUUCUGAAAAAGUAUGAGGAGAUGCGCAUUGAGCGAGACAUGGCUAUAACGGACAGGAAUGGCUUCAAACAGCAGUGUACAUCUGCAAUUCGAAAUUGGAACCAGGUGCUGAAUGAAAGGAAACAAUUGAACGAAUCUUUAGCAUUUAUGACUCAACAACGAGAUAAAUAUGUGUUAGACUAUAACCAGGCACUUGCCAAACAAAUAAGUCUGAGGAAAGAGAAGGAGAGUUUGCAGAAUGAACGUGAUGCCUGUUACAAUGAAUAUCGUCUGAUCAUGUCUGAACGGGACACAGUGCAUAAGGAAAUUGAACAGCUCCAUGACAAACUCGUGGAUGUGACGAAGAAGGUGACUGUGCUUGAGAAGGACAAGAAGAGCGCGGAGGACCAAGUUGAAACACUGAAACGUGAAGUUGCCUCCGCCCUGCAGGACCGGGACAAGUGUCGACGUGAGUGCAAUGAUAUAUCAGGCAUGAAACAUGAACUGGAGCAAGAGCGGGAUGUGAUUCAGAAGGAAUUUAGUCUGCUGACUCAAGAACGUGAUAUUGCGCGCCAGGAGCGCCACCAGGCUCUGGAGCGCAUGGACCACAUAAUUAAGGAGAAUUAUGAAAUCACUCAGAAGAAGAAAGCAGAAGAGAUGGAUCAUGUUGCCAAGGAGACGGAAUCUCUGAAGAAGCAGAUUGAAAAAUUGAAGCAAGACUUGAGUGAUGCUGCCCAGGAAGCUGAGAUAGCUAAGAAGCGACGUGAUUGGGCAUUUGGCGAACGUGACAAGAUUGUGCAGGAGCCAGAGAGUAUCCGCACACUUUGUGACAACCUGCGUCGUGAGCGGGACCGUGCGGUGUCCGACUUAGCUCAGGCCCUCCGAGACUCGGAUGAGUUGAAAAAACAGAAAAAUGAAGCAUUUAAGGAACUCAAGGAAAUGAAGGACAAGUACGAGGCUGUGGUGGAGCGGGAAGCAGGGAAGGGGCAGCUCAACUCCAUCGGACACAACCACUCCCGCGACUCUGCCAUCGACGCAGACCUGCAGGAGUGGGAAUGUGAAAUGAUCGAUGUAGAACUGGAGGUGAUGAAUGGAGACAACCUGGGGUUUGACCUAAUCGGGGGCAAGGACGACCCCCAGUUCCAGAAUGAUCCCUCCCUCUUUGUGUACAACGUGGCGAAGGGAGGAGCUGCUGAUGGCAAACUCAGACUGAAUGACAUAGUGUUGAAAGUCAAUGGUAGAGAUGUGACUAGCGUAGAGAAACGACUGGCUUCACAGGCCAUGAGAGAACAUUCAGGAACCAUAACUUUGGUUGUAAAACGAAGAAAAUGGACCAGUGCCCGUAUCUGGCAGCCACUUCAGUUGCUGUUGUCAUGUCACAAAGAUCCUGGUAUACAGAUUGAGCACGGCUUGUUCAUCACGCGCAUGUAUCAAGGGGGAAUCAUUGCCAAGGAUGGCAUGCUGCCUAGCAUCGGGGAUCGCAUUGUACAGGUGAACAGCAAAUCAGUUUCAGCAGGAAUGUCAGCCCGCGAGGCCCUGAAGGUCCUGGAGAAAUCCAACGACCCGGUCCAGCUGCAUGUGUUGAGGCAGGUGUCCCCUGUGCACUCCGCUGGCUCUUCCCCAACCCCCACCAGCCAAGCAAUUAUGUCAACACUUCCAGACCAUUCGUAUCAUUCCAACCAGCGUAGUCAGUCGGACACCAUCCCGCAGCAUGGCUUCCUCAUGGAGGAUGCCAUGAGCAGCCACAGUUACUCUCAAGGAGGGAACAAGACAUCUCGGAGUCACAGCUCACAGACGGAUAGUUUAGACAGCUCCGGGGCGUCACGGAAAAGCCGUGAUCGCCAACAUGGUGUCAAGGAAGUAAUCCGUGGACUAUUCCGCCAGGUUCAGAGAUCCAAUGAGAGCCAGUUAGACGUGGAUGAGCGGGGCAGUCAUCCGUAUGUGUCCAACUGCAAUUUGGGAACUCAGGAAAAGAUCAUUGCAGAAUUUGAUCCCGUUAUGAAUCAUAACAAGGAUGAGAGAGUGAAAGAAAAUUCAAAACCCAAAUCACGGAAAACUGAAUUUGAAAUAGACAGCAAUAGCGGGACAUGGCCAAAAUCCAGUCACCAGCCUCGACCUGCCUUUCUUCCUGGGAAAAACACAGUUGUAAUUCGUUCCCAUCCCGGGAAGGAGAGGCCUCCAUUGAGACCCGACUCUUACAUCCAACCUUCAUGUUAUGAUGACAAGAACUCCCCAGGGAGACACUUCAGUCAGAACUCCCCAGGGAGACACUUCAGUCAGAACUCAGAUUCCAGUAUUCGAUAUGGACAAGACGAACCAAGGUCGCUGUUUACGCCACCACGGAGGAAAUCCCCUGUGAGUCCCCCAGCAGCUCCCUAUGCCUUCUACAAUGGACAACCUGAGAGGGACAAGUUGUAUGUACAUCCUCUCAACAAUGCCCAUUCAAAGCUGCUCUCUUCCCCACCACCAUGUCACACACACUCCGAGUUUGACUCUGGAUCCUCACAACCAAAGAAUGUGUACCCUGUAAACCAUGGUAAACCCCCUAGUCAGUCUAGUUAUCCACAGAAGCGCCACCCGGGACCAGGGGGUAGCAACAGACCGACGUCUAUAGACUUCCCAAUAGGAGACAUUCCAUCAGAACGACUCUUUGAAAACAGAAUUCCGUCCCCAAUAACAAGAGUUCCUCCAAGAAACUCACAUCAUCCAAACAGCCAAGCGCCGGCUCAGCCACCGUAUCGGUCGGGGAAUCAGGUGUCGGCGUACACACCUCCCCCAUAUCCCCCCAGCUCCUCUCACAGCUCCUACCCAGCUCACUACAGAUACACCAUGCCUCCUGACUUUCAGCCAUUUCACUUCUGUCCAGUGGACUACAGCUCACCAAGCAUUUCACAACAGAGCAACUCCACAAUCGACCGAAACACACCGACCUUCAGUGAAGAUGUCCCUCCUCGCUACUCUCACUAUGGCCGACACAACCAGAGCCAGGGCUCCGUGGAAAUCGUGUCUGGGCCGAGCAGUCCGGGGUCGUCCCUACUCAAGUUUGAACCGUGGAUGUCUGAGGAGUUUCCCAGACGCAAGAAACCACGUCCGCUAGACAUGAGGACAAUCACCAUACAGAAGACGGCAGAACAGUUUGGCAUUCAGAUCAAUGCAGGUCCAUCUGGUGGGAUAUUUAUUUGCUCAGUGAAUGAGAAGAGUCUUGCUGCUCAGGCGGGUCUGGUUCCUGGUGAUCAACUCCUGGAGGUUUGUGGUAUCAACAUGAGGACAGCAUCCUAUGCCCACGCUCUGACCGUACUGAAACAGUGUGGGGACAACCUCAUCAUGAGAGUCCAGUAUAAUCCAGACAAAUAUCGUGAGCCACAUGAGUCAUCCAGUACGGGUUCGAUGCCAUCAGUUGCGGGGACAAUCACAAGCUCCAUGGAGGGAGACAAGUCCCCACUCACCAUCACCCAUAUGUCGCCUUCACACGGGAAGACAAGCAGCUCCGACAGCACGUGUGAUCGCCCCCGAUACAUCACUCUGAAGAAGAGAAACAGCAGUAUUGGCUUCAGUAUUGUGGGCGGCAACGCCACCGGCAUCUUUGUACAUGAGCCACCACAGACCAACACCAAUGAUGUGAAUAACACUCUUCAGCGAGGAGACCAGAUACUCGAGUACAAUGGCCUGGACUUUCGUGGCAUAACAGCAGAGCAGGCCCUCCUUGAGCUGUCUAAACCUUGCUCCACUAUGAGAAUCAGGGCCCUACUAAACCUCCCCAAAUACAACAAGGUCCAGAACUUGCCGGGAGAUUCUAUCUACAUCCGAGCAAACUUUGACCGAAUCGCAGAGAGUGAGACUGAACUAGCUUUUCGCAAAGAUGACAUCAUGCUAGUUGAAAACACCUUGCAUGGAGGAACCAUGGGACUGUGGUUUGGCUGGCUGGUCAAUGAUGAUGGCAAAAAAUUGAAGGGAGGCACCAUUCCCAGCAGAAUGAGGUUGGAGGAUGAUAUGGUGCUGCGUCGCAGUCUCUCUGAGAGCGUCAGCCUCCAUGAGUCAGAUGACCUUAAGGGGUCGCGCCGUGGCUCAGGCACAUACAGAAGAAGCUUUUUUCGCAAGAAACGGCACCAGCGAAACAACUCGAAGGAGAGCCGCGAGUUGAGCUCCUUUUCCGAUGCUUCUCUCAACAGUGACUCUGUUCCACUACUUGAUGAUUCCAUGUAUGGCUACACGAUCAUGGAGAGAAUUGAGUGCAAGAAGACUCGACCUGUGGUCCUGCUGGCUCCGCUCGCUGAACCUCUGAUUCGCAAACUGGAGUCUGAGUCUCCCGACAAAUACCACCAGUGCAAACCCUCAGGUGGCUACACGCAAAACCAGCUGAAUCAGAAUAUGUCCAAAGGAGUGGUGAUCGAUUACUGGAGACGUGACGACCACUUUGAGUGUGUCCGUGUCACAACCAUUGACGAAAUCUGUGAUAAGAAAGUCCACUGUUUACUGAAAGUCAGUCCGGCUGCUAUAGAAAGACUGCACCAUCUCAAAAUAUACCCCAUUGUUAUUUUCGUGAGGCAUAAAAACUGGAAACAAAUCAGGGAAAUACGAGAUGUCCAGUUUCUGCCAGAAAAGUUGUCAAACAAAGCAUCCAAAGAUAUAUAUGAGCAGCACCUGAAGAUGGAGGCAGAACACCACCAUUUAUUUUCCGCCACCAUCCAAGGAGGCAACCUGGCCGAGAUGUGUAUGCACAUCAAGACUGUGAUUGCAUCUGAGCAGAAAAAGCCGGUGUGGGUGUCUGCUGUGUGCAUGUGAUUGGCUCUCUGCCUACACUGACUGUAUGCCAUUGGUCAGUAUAUCUCAACUGUGAUUGGUGGAUUCAAGUCAGGUGACAACUGUGAUAGGAUGUGAAUAUUUAUGAGGUAGAGACUGGUGAGACAGGAAUGUGGACAUUGGUAUCUCACAAUCUGACUUUCUGCUUUUCCAUGUGACCUCAGUUGAUGCCUCCCGUGUAGGGGGGACUCAGUCUGUGUUGAAGCCAUCAAAAUGGACUAAGACGACACACUAUUGAGGUGUCAUCGACUUCAUGAGGAACAGACCAAGGUAUUCCAGGACGAAGUGCCUUCAUCGUGCGAUGAAACAGUCUGUCCAAUCGAUAAUGUUGAAUCAUUCCAGGCGCUUUCACUUUUGCUUUUGUCACAGUUCUGCUUUUGGUGGAGUCAUGCAUCCCUUCAUUGUUGCGUGCGACACGACAAUGAGCAGUUGCUUCACUGUUGACGGUGAUAUUCUUCAGGGUCUUGUACAUUAUGUAGCCUGUAAACUCUAGGUUUAUUAGAGAAUGGCCUACUUAGUGUUCAGAUUUGUGAAAAAGAGAUUUGAUAUUUUAAUGUUUAUAGCUGUCAAUCUGAUUACUGAUAAUUGCGAUGUUGUUGAAGCAAGGCCUCCAUAGUGCCCCUGUUGCCAGUUGAUAGGUAUAUUAUUUCAACAACUCUGCAGUUGUACAUGUGUGCACGAGAGUGUUAAUUUCCUUAUAACUAAUGACUUUUUUUUUUGUACCUGUAGAGGUUCACAGAUGGUAGAAAACAGAACCAUACACAUAGGACACUGUCUUACAGGUGUAGCAAAUCAUUUAUCAGUAGACUGACUACACUUCCACAUUAACCUUGAAACUAAGCACUGUUUACUGGGAGACAGAUCCCUUCUAGUGUGUGGCCUUAGUGAAUGCCCCUGACUGAGAGAGACCCUUCCUUUCCGCCUGUUUUCUCCAAACCCAAUCACAAAUUGUUGUAGAACUGUAUGUACUGCCCCUGUGACCUAUCACAAUGUAUGCUUUUUGACACAAGCUGUUAUAGUUUGGAAGAUGAUAUCUGUCUAUAUCAGCGUGCCAUUUUCGAUGAUUCAUUUUUGAAAGCUCCUUUUUUGAAGCAGCCCCAGUGCAUUACACCAAGAUGUGCUUUAAUGUGCCACAACAUUUCUGACUUGCUGCAGGUGUGGCUGGGUGCAGGUGUCUGGCUGGGCUGGGAAGAUGGGCUCACCUUGCAGUCCAGUGACCUUGUUUGACUUCAAUCCUAACAAGACAAGGUUAUGCUGUGUAUGAAACAUUAAGACAAUUGUCUUGUGAUUAACCGGAGUAAACGUUUGACAGGUCUAUUUACCAAUGUUUUCAGAGGAAUUUUCUUUGUUUGAUUGCCUGUUGACAUCUAAGAUGUAAUUUUUGUCAUUUGCAACCAAUUGGCUAGAGAUGAGCCCAUCUUAAGACAGAAUGUUGAGACUAUGUUGGGUAAGGUUUUGAUUGCAUGGCCACGGAGGGAGAGAUACUCAUCCCAAUGGUGAGACUGAAGUGUGGUUUCAUUACCCAUUCUCAUGAUAAGAUGUAGCAGACUUGAAGAAUUGUGGUUCUAUGUGUGUACCAUCGUCAGCUUGUUCAUAUUGUGUUCACUGUAUUGGUGUACAGGCCAGCGUAGGGACAGCAGUGUUUCUGUCACAAGCUGCAGUACUUCACAUUUACACAUUCCAUGGUGAUGGAGAAUGCUUGUCGUUAGGCUUCACUCCUUAAUAUUCUGAAUUUUAGUCUGCAACAUGAUUAAGCGUUUCAGGAAGAUUAUGACAUGAAAGUUACAUAACUUUUGCAAUAACAGAACAGUUAUUUUGUUCAAUCUAUGAGGGCACAAGAUACAUGUUUGCAGAUUUCUGUUAAGAUCAGUUUGACCAUGAGCAGAGUGUUUCAACUUAACUUCAACCAAUUUUUUCCAAAGGGUGAUCUCACGCUAUCAUGCUGUACUUAAAAAGAGAGCUUAUAUUUCUAUUCAUUGUUACACUGAUCAUUAUCCGCCCAGCCUCUGAAGGAAGCAGCGCCACAUCAGCUAAUACUAGAGAUAAGCUGUUAUGGUGAGAGCACUCUUGGCAGAAGCGUAGCCUGGCAUAUGUUGCAGACUACAGUACUUGGUUGUGAAUGUAUGUUGUUGUAUGCAGCAUACUUGUGAUAUAUCCUGGCCCCACUCAGUUCAUAGGGCUGUAGUAGAGUGAGCUGGCAUCUUAGUUUCAACUGUCAGGAUAUCUUUACCAUGUAUAAAGUUUAAGGUCUGCCCAACUUGUUUAUUACUUUCCUACACGUUGCUUCAUUUGUGUGUGUGUGAGUAGGUGUGUGAAUGGUGACGAGACUCUUCCUUGAAGAUACUAUCGGAGAAACUAUGUAGUCUUAAGUUCAGCAAUAGUCCAUGUUGGAAGGUGAUGCUUUAUUUGGCUCUGUGUAGCCUUCUCAGGCUUGUGAAGGGGUGAGGUGAUGACUGUAGAGGUCAGUCUGUGAAUGCCAUGCCACAUAUUGGUGGAAGUAAACCUUUAGACGUUUUUGCCUUUCCUGACUGAAUAUUUAGUAAAUCUAUGUCAUGGGCUGUUUGCCGGUUGUCAGUAGCAAACUUCUCCUGACAAGUCAUUUGAAACCAUGAAUCUGCAACUUCUGGCUUGUAUGUUGUAAGUAACAUUUGUGGCUGUCUUCUUGCACAUUUGAAACUGUCAA